CGGUCGACCCGCCGACAGCUCCAUUGGCAAGUGAUUUGAAAAUGUCUGAAAUCUCAGCGAAAAAGAAAAUGUCUAGACAUCUAUAAAAGGCGAAUGGCUUUCACAAACUCGUGUCUCGAAAUCUAAAAGGCAGAGAGGACUCUUAACAUCGUGAGCGACUCCCGAGGCACAAGAAGAGUCGGCCAUGAGACAAGGCCGCCCCUUCGUCUCCCGCCCUCUCCCUCUCUCAAUACCCGCUUCACAUUAGUUUUGUCGUCUUCUCCCGCCAUGCUCUGCACCAUUCCCUCCCUUCUCUUUUGUCAAGACUGCUACCUCUUCUUCUUCUUCUUCUUCUUCGUCUUCCUGGCGCCUGCCUUCGCAGUGUAUAUAAAUAAACUCAACGUGGCUUCCAUCCAACCUUCACCGAGUACUCCCUUCCCCGGCCGUUAAUUCGAUCUGCCUCGGCUGCCGCACCGGCGUAACUACUAGCCUAGCUAGCUCUCAUGGCCGCCUUCGUCGACAACCGGCAGUUUAGCCGACUCGACCAGCCCAACGGCCACGCCAAGCACUACCCUGAUUUGCCCACCUUAAUCUCACGGCCUCCCUUUAUCCCUCCUCUUACCCUUGAUCGCCGGCCCUCCGCCGGCGAGGAAGAGGGCACUGGCGACGAUGACGACGAGGAGGAGGUCGUCGACUGGAAGAAGCUCUACGACACGGCUUCCCACUUCGAGCUGGAGCCCUCCGCGCGCGACUCCCGCGACGAAGGCACCGCCGACGGUUGGAUCCAGCGCAACCCCUCCCUGAUCCGCCUCACCGGCAGGCACCCCUUCAACUGCGAGCCGCCGCUGGCGCGCCUCAUGCACCACGGCUUCAUCACCCCCGUCCCGCUCCACUACGUCCGCAACCACGGCGCGGUGCCUCGCGCCGACUUGGCCACCUGGACCGUCGAGGUCACCGGCCUGGUCAGACGCCCCCUGUCGCUCACCGUGGAUGACCUCGUCCGCGCCUUCGCGCCCGUCGAGAUCCCCGUCACGCUCGUGUGCGCCGGCAACCGGCGCAAGGAGCAGAACAUGGUCCAACAGACCAUCGGCUUCAACUGGGGCCCUGCCGCCGUGUCCACCACCGUUUGGCGCGGCGCGAGCCUCCGCGACGUGCUCCGCCGUGCCGGCGUCAUGGGCCGCAAGGACGGUGCGCUCUUCGUCUGCUUCGAGGGCGCCGAAGACCUUCCCGGCGGGGGCGGCGGCGACUCCAAGUACGGCACGUGCCUCCGGCGGGAGGUGGCGAUGGACCCCUCGCGCGAUGUCAUGCUCGCCUACAUGCAGAACGGCGAGCCGCUGACGCCGGACCAUGGUUUCCCCGUCCGCGUCAUCAUCCCUGGCUUCAUCGGCGGCCGCAUGGUCAAAUGGCUCAAGCGCAUCAUCGUCGCCCCGCAAGAAUCCGACAGCUAUUACCAUUUCAAGGACAACCGCGUCCUCCCUCCCCACGUCGACGCCGAGCUAGCCAACGCUGAAGCUUGGUGGUACAAGCCGGAAUACAUCAUUAACGAACUGAACGUCAACUCGGUGAUCACGACUCCAGGCCACGACGAGAUAUUCCCCAUCAACGCCUUCACGACGCAGAGGGAAUACACCAUGAGAGGUUACGCCUACUCCGGCGGCGGAAGAAAGGUCACGCGAGUGGAGGUGACGCUGGACGGCGGCGACACUUGGCUCGUCGGCUCUCUCGACCACCCCGAGAAACCCAACAAGUACGGCAAAUAUUGGUGCUGGUGCUUCUGGUCACUGGAGGUCGAGGUCCUGCCGCUGCUCAGCGCCAAGGAGGUCGCCGUCCGAGCAUGGGACGAGUCCCACAAUACCCAGCCGGAGAAGCUAAAUUGGAAUCUCAUGGGGAUGAUGAACAACUGCUGGUUCAGGGUGAAGGUGAAGGUGUGUCGGCCUCACAAGGGCGAGAUCGGGUUGAUGUUCGAGCACCCGACGCAGCCCGGGAACCAAUCCGGUGGGUGGAUGGUGCGGCAGAAGCACAUGGCGACGGCGGAGGCGCCGGCGCAGAAGCUAAAGAAGAGCACCUCGACCCCCUUCAUGAACACCGCCGCCGAGCACUACACCAUGUCGCAGGUCCGCAAGCACGCAUCGCGCGAUUCCGCUUGGAUCAUCGUCCACGGCCAAGUCUACGACUGCACGGCCUUCAUCAAGGACCAUCCCGGCGGCCCCGAUAGCAUCCUUGUCAACGCCGGCACCGACUGCACCGAGGAGUUCGAUGCCAUCCACUCCGACCAUGCCAAGGCGCUCCUCGACACCUACCGCAUCGGCGAGCUCAUCUCCUCUGGCUACGUCUCCGACGCCUCCGUCCACGGCGCGUCCGACCUCUCUCACCUCGCCACCAUCCGCGAGGCCGUUCCCGCGCCGGUGCCGGUCACGCUGGUUAACCCCCGUGAGAAGGUACAGUGCACGCUCGUCUCCAAGAAGUCCAUCUCCCACGACGUCCGACUAUUCCGCUUCGCGCUCCCCUCGGCCGACCAUUUGCUGGGCCUUCCCGUCGGGAAGCACAUCUUCCUCUGUUCCACCAUCGACGGCAAGUUCUGCAUGCGCGCCUAUACACCGACGAGUCCAGUGGACGUGGUCGGCCACUUCGAGCUACUCAUCAAGGUCUACUUCAAGGGCGAGCACCCCAAAUUCCCCAACGGCGGCCUCAUGUCGCAGCACUUGGAUUCCUUGUCCAUCGGCUCCGUCUUGGACAUCAAAGGCCCAGUCGGCCACAUCAAUUAUACCGGCUGCGGUAACUUCCUUAUAGAAGGAAGCAAGAAGAGGUUUGCGCGGCGGCUGGCGAUGAUCGCCGGUGGAACGGGGAUCACGCCGAUGUACCAAGUGAUCCAGGCGGUUCUGCAGGACCCGGAGGAUCAGACGGAGAUGCACCUGGUGUACGCCAAUCGGUCGGAGGACGACAUAUUGCUGCAGGAGGAGCUGGACGGGUGGGCGAGCCGGCGGCCGGAGCAGUUCAAGGUCUGGUACGUGAUCGACCAGUCCAAGCGAGAGGGGUGGCGGUACAGCACCGGAUUUAUUACCGAAAGCAUCCUGCGGGAGCAUAUUCCGGUGGGCGGCCGCGACGACACGCUAGUCCUCGCUUGCGGCCCGCCGCCCAUGAUUCAAUUCGCGAUUAUGCCCAACUUGGAGAAGAUGAAGUAUGACACGACCAAUUCCCUCCUACUCUUUUGAGGGAUGAACAACCUGUUACAUAUGUUCUCUUAAUUUUUCAAAAUAUAGAAAUUCAAAGAGAUUCUACUUGAAUCUUUUAAUAAUAUUAAAAGGGGUUUCACUUA